CUUCACCGUUUCCUCUGUUCCGCCCGAAUCGGUCGCCUCGCGGUGUCCAUCCGCGUCCUUCCCGGUCCGUCAUGGGCCGUGGAGCGAGAGUGAGCGCUCACUCCGGAGCUGUUAAGGAGAAGCCAAAGGCUAAGCCUCGCACCAGGCCCAAACGCAAGGAAAAGACCAAAGGCCAAGAAAGGACUGCUUCCGUGUCGACCGCUGGUCGUCCAGCGGUCGUGGGCGGCAGCCCGGAGCGCCGGCGCCGGCGAGGCCGUCGAAAGCCAGACAUGGAGGAGCUCCUAAGGCAAACAGGCGGCGGCAUCCGACGCUACUUAGUUUGUCGACCAUCAGAGCAGGACUCUGAGAGCAGGACUCAACAUGCGCAAGGAGAGGUCCGGCUGCCUUCGACGCCAGAGCAGAAGGAAGAUCCAAGUGACGACUUUCCAAGCCCAACACAGAUCUGGGGAGGCGAUUCCCCUGGCUUGUCAAGCUUUGCGCAAUGGUGGUGCAGGGCUCGUGGACCAUCCUUGCUGGGCGAUGAGACAAUCAGCUGCUUCGACAGGGGUGAUGUGAGCCAUGUGGACUACGACGCGAGCGUGGGUGGGAAAGUGGCAGAGGGAUGAUAGAAACAGACAGAGAUGGAACAGAGAACUAUAGAGAACUUCAAUCGUGGAAACCAAGAAACAAUACUUCAGACAUGUUAAUUCUAUCUCAAUAGAAUUGAGGUUUGUCACUUGAUGAGCCAGGCAACAAAAGGUCCGUAUCCUCGAACCCAUCAAACCCUUUUGUGGCCUAAUUCAGUUUAAAAGCUUGAGUGAUAUAUUCCGCAGAGUCUACAGACAGGAACAUUGGCCAUCCCUGGAGUGCUUCUUCUCUUGAACAGCCUUUAGUUAUACAUUAUAUAGUCAUAUAUAUCAUCUGGAUAUGUAUUGAAAUAGGGGGACCUCCCCCUGGAACAGGGUCUCCCCUUUAAAAUACACCCAUCUUGGCUGAUGUCGUACCCCGAUUGUGCUACCAUCCCCAAGCAGCUCCUCCUUUGUCUCGGAUAGACUUUCCCCAGUAACAACUUGGUAGAAAGGGACUUGCAUACAUCCAUCAAGAUCCUAUUAGAUCCACUUGUUACCCACGAGUAAUCACGAUCCCAAGCUGGUCAUUAAAUGCCAAGCUUGUUUGACCCCAUGGAUGGUCCAGCGAUCCAAUGGAUGGUCGCUGUCCUCAUCGAUCUCGGAGGGCUUGAGUUCGAAUGGAAUCAUCCUGACCGCAUCCGGUCAGGUGCAACGUCAGCAUCCGGUCAACCUCUCUUUAGGCAGAUGUUUCGCCGGACGCUCCCAACUCCACCGUUGAGGCCCUACCUUGAGUUGGGAACUGGAGGAGUGAGCAGGAUGAAGCUUUUCUUCGCACCGAUGGUGUCAUGGUUGGUGUGUUUUCCGCGACGGUCGUAGACAUCGAGCCGAACACCUUCUGGUGGAGUGGUCGAAGGCCAAACAGCAUGAUGUGUGUGUGUGGCUGAAAUGAUGAAGACCUUUGCUGGUAAGUAUCUC